AUGGCUUCCCCCGAUCAGGUUCAAGAAGUGGAGUCCAUCAUUCAACAUAACUUCACCAACAAAAGCUACCUACGUCAAGCCCUCACUGCUGCGGGUGUGGAAAGUGAGAACCACGAGGGGAAUAGACAGCUAGCGCAAGUUGGCGCCUCCUGGGUGGACACGGUGCUCAACAUAGUUUUCAUGCGCAUGGGUACAAGCAAAGAGCAUAAGGCAAAGUUGAGACUGGAGUUCACCAAGAAGGACCACUUUGUUCUUGCCGCUAAACAGAGCGGCAUCAGCAAGUGCAUCCAGUACUCUUGUCGAUCGGGGUUCGAGUCGGCGACGGUGCUUCGCAAUACAAUGAAUGCGAUUGUUGCAGCUGUCCUCCUAGAUACUAAUGCCGGUAGUAUUUCAGCGACACUGUUUGUUCUAUCCCGCAUCUUCAAGAGGCCGGGUCGGCAGUUGCUCGAGACUUGCUCAGAGGCAACUAUUGAAGCUGUAUCUGCUGUCGCAGACGCUGCUGCCCUAAGUGCAAAAAGCCAAUGUCCUAGUGUAGGGUCGGGUCUACCCGUCGAAUCAUUACCGAUUGAUCGGUCAUCGCAGGUCAUGGCCGGGUUAGAACACCCUCAAAUGCUUAUUUCCCCUGUUCAUAGCAGCUUAUAUGCCCCGGCAUUUCCAAUGUUUCGCUGCGAUGAUUCUUUGGCGAUGAUUCAAAACACUGGGGAUAGCGCUGGGAACAUACCCCCCAUAUACGACCCAGGGGUAUCGAUGAACAUCUCUACUCUGGAUAUCACAAAUGACCCAAAUAUGUUAGCCGCUUUUGACAUAUCAUGGAUAGAUCCUACCUUUGGUGGUAACAUUGUUUCAGAGUUGCCAAGUCUUAGCAACGACCCCCCGAGUGACCCUCAGUACGCGACAUUUCCAGUGCCUUCUGCCAUCCCAUAUGAAGCGCCGAGUUCACGUACCACUGAGCCCAAGAGACCUGGUGAUACCGGGAGAAACGACCAGAAGGGGAGAAAGCGGGCCAAACGUACAAGAUACUUUCACAUUAAUCAUGAACUCCAAGAUUUCCUAGCCAACGAGAAAACAAAAUGUGAAUCGCAAAGCUUGCCGCCUCCAGAGGCCACAUACUUUAAGCCAGAAAUCCACAAACAGCUGAUUAAAUCAGAAAAAGGAUUGUGUGAGGCCUUUGUAGGUCUGUUGAUCACUAUCGCAAGUCCCCAUACAAUAAUUGCGCUUGGCCGGAUGGUACAAAAAGCAAGACACCAUGACAGGCUUCAAUCGUGUCGUCUACGAGACACCCUUCUGCAACACAGACUUACUUUAAUUGAGCACUUGGAACAGGAGGCGGGCAUCAUUCAGAUUAUGAGUUGGUACCAUAUUAUUGAAAUUUUCCGAGGUUGUGGCGGUCAUAAUACCUCUUCUAGCACCGGCUAUGUUCAUUGCACAUCAGAUACGUUCAGAAAACCUCAGAGGACUCUGGGAAACCCGAGGAAUAAAGACGAGAGUAUGGUUACCCAAACCAUGCUGGCGGAAAUCUUUCCAGAUCUGAAACCGGGUACAGAGAUCUAUCAAAGCCAACUAAAAAAAUUCAACCGGCUCCGCAAAGUCGGCAAGCGUCUUCAUAUGUUAACGGAGACCUUCGGCCAGGGAAUUCUGGGACUGAUUUUAGACAAUGAACUCGGUGGUCGGCUGGGUACUAAUGUUUCAGACAUAAUGUUCUGGAAGCCCACGGAGGAAGAGUUCCAUCUCUUUGUUCGUCUUCUCAACAAGUCGCAGGGCGAGCUUCUCCGUACAUUCAGCAAUGCUGCUUGGACUAUUCUAGAGCCUCUUCUCUGCUGCAGUUUGCUAGAAAUGGGAAUAUUUCCCAUCGAGCAAAUGAGCCCAGAAGAGAUUUUAAGGCAUCCUAAAGGCUCUCCGGGGCUGUUGGCUUGUAUCCAGUGA